GGGGACAUGGGGCCCGACAUGGAGCUGCCCAGCCACUCGAAGCAGCUCCUGCUGCAGCUGAACCAGCAGCGGACCAAGGGCUUCCUGUGUGAUGUCAUCAUCAUGGUGGAGAACUCCAUCUUCCGGGCCCACAAGAACGUGCUGGCCGCCAGCAGCAUCUACUUCAAGUCCCUGGUCCUGCACGACAACCUCAUCAACCUGGACACGGACAUGGUCAGCUCCACGGUGUUCCAGCAGAUCCUGGACUUCAUCUACACCGGCAAGUUGCUGCCCAGUGACCAGCCAGCCGAGCCCAACUUCAGCACGCUCCUCACCGCCGCCAGCUACCUCCAGUUGCCCGAGUUGGCAGCCCUCUGCCGGCGCAAACUCAAGAGAGCUGGCAAGCCCUUUGGCUCCGGGCGGGGUGGGGCCGGCCUGGGGCGGCCCCCCCGCGGCCAGCGGCUGUCCACGGCCUCUGUCAUCCAGGCCCGGUAUCCAGGGCUCGUGGAUGGGCGCAAGGGGGCCCACACCCCCCAGGAGCUCCCCCAGGCCAAAGGCUCCGAUGAGGAGCUCUUCCUGGGCGGCUCCAGCCAGGAGAGCGUGCAUGGCCUGGGCCGGCCGGUCUGUCCAGCCAGCGGGGAGGCCGGCCUGGGUGGCUGCAGCACCAAUGGCAGCGGCGGGGCCUGUGAGCAGGAGCUGGGCCUGGACUUGUCCAAGAAGAGCCCCCCGCUGCCCCCCGCCACCCCCGGGCCCCCCCUCACCCCCGACGACCCAGCCCAGCUGAGCGACAGUCAGCAAGGCUCACCCCUCUCGGCCUCCGCCCCUCCCGUCGCCAACAGUGCCUCUUACGCCGAGCUGGGGGGCACCCCCAGUGAGCCCAUGGAUCUGGAGGGGGCUGAGGACAACCCCCUGAGCCUAUUGGAGGGGCCGGGUGGGCAGCCCCCCCGCAAGAGCCUCCGGCACUCGGCCCGCAAGAAGGAGUGGGCCAAGAAGGAGCCCGUGGCCGCCUCCCCCUUUGAGCGGAGGGAAGCGGCGCCGAAGGGCCCCUGCCCAGGGGAGGAGGCCGAAGGGCUCGGGGACAGGGUUCCCAACGGCAUCCUGGCCAGCAAUGCAGUGGCGGGCGGGCCCUACGGGGAGCCCUCAUACCCCUGCAAGGAGGAGGAGGAGAACGGCAAGGAUGGGAGUGAGGACAGCGGGCAAAGCGGGAGCGAGGGCGGCAGCGGCCACACCGGCGCCCACUACAUGUACCGGCAGGAGGGCUACGAGACGGUGUCCUACGGGGACAACCUGUAUGUGUGCAUCCCCUGCGCCAAGGGCUUCCCCAGCUCCGAGCAGCUCAAUGCGCACGUGGAGACGCACACGGAGGAGGAGCUCUUCAUCAAGGAGGAGGGUGCCUAUGAGACGGGCAGUGGGGGCGCCGAGGAGGAGGCCGAGGACCUGUCGGCGCCCAGCGCGGCCUACGCAGCCGAGCCCCGGCCCUUCAAGUGCUCGGUCUGUGAGAAGACCUACAAGGACCCGGCCACUCUGCGGCAGCACGAGAAGACUCACUGGCUGACGCGGCCCUUCCCCUGCAACAUCUGCGGCAAGAUGUUCACGCAACGCGGCACCAUGACGCGCCACAUGCGCAGCCACCUGGGCCUGAAGCCCUUUGCCUGUGACGAGUGCGGCAUGCGUUUCACCCGCCAGUACCGCCUCACUGAGCACAUGCGCGUGCACUCGGGUGAGAAGCCCUACGAGUGCCAGCUGUGCGGGGGCAAGUUUACGCAGCAGCGCAACCUCAUCAGCCACCUGCGCAUGCACACCUCCCCCUCCUAAAAGCCAAAGACCCUGUUGGCCCGCGGGCGCCCAGGAAAGCAGGGGCACAGUGGCCGGGCCCCCGGUGUGGGGCAGUUCCUGGUGCAGCCCCCCCCCCCCGCCCCCCAGAGCUUUAAUCCACAGUCUGUACCAAGGGGAGAAGCGGGCAGCCGGCACCCAGCCCGAGUGUGUGUGGCUGCUGCGCCGUCUGCCUCCUGAUCCUGCCCGGCCCAGU